AUCUCAAGCCCGGGGCGCUCGUUAGCAACAUCGUAAAAAAAAUGCUAAAAAUUUGCCUAAAAGUUAAGUAAUUAAAAAAACAAAAUGUUAACAUUGUUUCAAGAGUUAAUUCAUGUAAUUACACUUAAAAUGUCCAAAUCCUUCUAGACACAGCACACACAUGCCCAAAUCCCCUUUCUCAAGUCUCAACCCACUUUUAUUUACAGUCAAUCUUGCGCAACAAAUCACCGUAGAAUCUUCUUCAACUUUUCCCCCAAAUCAAAAACCCUAGAAAAACCCUUCUCAUUCUCUCUCCUCCUUCAAGCUUCAACAAUGGCGUCCACUGGUAGAUUCCGCCAAAUCCUGAAGAAGUACGGCAAAGUCGGCUUAGGAGUCCACUUCUCCGUCUCAGCUGCCUCCAUUUCCGGCCUUUACGUCGCCAUCAAAAACAACGUUGACGUCGAAGCUCUCCUCCAUAAAGUCGGCAUGGGCGGCGUCAACACCAACGAACAACCGCAAAUCCCGGAAAACGACCCCGAAUUGAUCGCCGACAUUCCCUCUGCAUUGCCGUCUCCUCCGCCGGAGAAGACGAGGAAUCGUACGGCUGAGCUCGCGGCGUCUAGUGGCGGCGCUUUUGCUCUUGCUUUGCUCUGUAACAAAGCUUUGUUUCCAAUUAGGGUUCCGAUUACAAUUGCUCUUACUCCUCCUAUUGCUAGGUUUUUGGCUCGUCGGAAUCUUAUUAGAAGUGUAUGAUCUUAUAUCUCUUUUUUUUUUUUUUUUUUUUGCUGAUUACACAGAUUUUAGUUUUUGGGAGGAAUUUGAUCAUGAUCUCUUCUUUUGAUUUUGGAUUGCUGUGGAUUGCGGUUGCUUAUUUGUUUCUUCUGCUACAUGCCCUCCAAGUUAAUUUGAUCAAUAAAAAAAUGAUUUUUUUUUUUA